CGCACCCGACACCAUCCGACUGCCAACGACCCCAGCGCACAUCUCCCAGCGGAGGAACGUGUAUCCCUGUGAGGAUGGGUUGCGCGAUAUCAGGGUCUGGUUUGACACCGAGAGCACCGGAGAACAGAGACAGAGACACGGGGAAUGAGGGUGAAGCUCCGGCGCAUCUGAGCGAACAUCAGAUCCACAUGAUCAAAGACUCGUGGAGAGUUAUCCAGGAGGAUAUCGCCAAAGUGGGAAUCAUCAUGUUUGUCAGGUUGUUUGAGACCCAUCCGGAGUGUAAAGACGUCUUCUUCCUCUUUCGGGAUGUUGAGGACCUGGAGAGUUUACGCACCAGCAGGGAGCUUCGUGCCCACGGCCUGCGGUUGAAACUCUUUAUUGUAAAUGUGAGAUCUCGAUGCCUUUGCGUCCGCUCAGAUUGGACACGUCUUGAGAGUCGCACCAUCACUGACAAGAGAAGAGACCCGGUGAUACUGUAG